UCCACACAUUCUACACAUACCCGUACAUUGGCCCCAUCUACCGCCUGGCCGUGUCCGACCAAGUUCAAUCCCCCUCCACCGAUUGUGGAUGAGGAUUUGCUGUUUGGAGCCGCGUUCGACGCAAUUCGUCGCGGUACGAGUAAAGAAGAAACUUCGACCCGGUACACGGCCAAGCCUGGAGACGAUUUGAACAGUACUGUUGCUUCCGGUUCUCUUGUGAUUGUCACCCCGGGAGUUUCAGAGCUAGAGGAUCUCGCCUCCGCGAUCUAA